AUGAUGACAUGGUACAAAGAAAAUGGAACAGACAAUCCCGGUUUUAUCUCAAGAUCCUGGUGGACAGGAGCUGCUUUAUUUCUGGCAUGUCUCAAUUAUUGGCAUGCUACGAACGACACAACAUAUAAUGAACAAGUCAGCAUCGGAAUGCAACAUCAGGGAGGUUCGGGCUCAGAUUACAUCCCUUCAUGGGCGAUAGGUGUAGGAAAUGAUGAUCAAAUGUUCUGGGGCCUCGCAGCAAUCACCGCAGCAGAAUAUAAUUUCCCAAACCGUCCAAGUGGUGACACGUGGCUCACCCUUGCGGAGGGUGUUUUCAAUAGCCAGACAGCGCCGGAUGGAAAAGGCUGGGAUACGACUAUCUGCGGAGGUGGCCUUCGCUGGCAGAAGGAAAUGUGGCAGAGUGGUUAUACAUUGAAGAACGCAGUGUCCAACGGUGGCUUUUUUAUGCUCGCAGCACGUAUCGCGUGGUUUACCCAAAAGGAGAAGUUCGCGACGUGGGCCGAAAAAGUCUGGGAUUGGUCUACCUCUGUGAAUUUGGUCAAUAAUAACACCUGGGCAGUGGCAGAUAGUGUCAGUGAAGGCACUGGGGGGCCCAAUGGAUGCAGCCUUCCUGAUCACACCCGGUGGACCUAUAACUACGGUACCUAUCUGUCUGGCGCUGCUUAUAUGUAUGCCUAUACCAACGAUACUAAAUGGCUUAAUAUCACAAACAAUCUAAUGGACGCAUUGUUUACUACAUUUUUCCUACCUGAACACGGGGGUGUGAUCACAGACUGGACUUGUGAAGGUGUGGGCCAAUGCUAUAAAGAUGCGAAUGGCCCACUUUUCAAAGGCCUUACAGUGUCGUGGCUUUCAGAUGUUGCAUUGAUCAUCCCUUCUCUCCGAGACAAGAUCAUACCAAGACUCCAAAUCUCUGCUGAGGGUGCGGCAAAGUCAUGCACCGGGGAUGGCAAAAACCUCUGUGGUAACCGCUGGUAUGGCGGUUAUGACGGACAAAAUUCAAUGGAGAAUGCCAUCAGUGGUAGUCAGAUGAUGAGUGCUAUCAUGGUGAAAUUUCAAGACUCAUCCUCAAAGCCAGUCACAACAGCGACAGGAGGAAAUGGAACAAGCGAUCCGAGUGCUGGUACUAGGGAAGGUACGGAGCCUCCACAGUCGGCCCCUAUCACAACAGCAGAUAAAGCAGGAGCUGGUAUCCUGACAGCGGUCUUUGUGGCCAGUAUGAUUGGGGGAGUGGUCUUUUUGUUUUUUGGUGGCUAA